UUCAAUAUUAAAUUAAGCACCCACCUGCUUUCACAAUGAUUAUAUUUAUAAACAUUUGGAUCAGCAUUGGAAUCGGCCUACUGCCGUUUGUCCAGUCAGCUGCUAUAAGCGAGUGUCCUUCCCGCAGUGUAACACAGGUGCGGCGAGAAGUGGAAGCGGCGGGCGAAGUUUCGUUGCUGUUUUACUACGUGUCGUGGUCGAGCGAUGCCAGACAGGCUCGUUUGGUGUACGAUGGCGUGGCUCAUUACUACAAGGAUUUCGCGUCCUUUGGCGCCAUCGAUUGCUGGCAUCUGCAGUGCAACUGCACCCGCACUCAUCGACAACUGCCCGGGAUGGCGGUUAACGGUGGCUAUCCGGAUAAGUGGCCCACUCUAAUGGUGAACUAUGGACGCCACCUAAGACUACAGUAUCAGGGAGCAUGGCAUUUUGAGGAUCUCACACGGUUCAUGAACAAUCUCAUACAGCCCAUUGACCGGGUGCACAGUACUGCGGAGCUGGGUGCCCUUUGGAAGUUGUCAGAUGCCGUUGUUCUGGCAUUGUUGGACUCUGCAGAUGGUUUAGCCUAUAAGCGGUUCGUUGCAACCGCGCUACAUUGGUUGGAAUUCGAUCCGGAGCGUAAUGUACGCUUUGCGGUCACAUUUGGACCCAGUGCGAAGCAGAUGUUCAAAGUGCAGCAUGUCUCACUUCCCCAAUUGGUGGUCAUAGACAGUCGCCAUGGCCUGCACAGCUACAACGAGUCGAACAGCUGGCAUCCCAUGGAUAUUUUGCAUUGGCUGCGACCCAAGGUCAAUCCCCUGAUGGCGGCUGGCUAUGGAACACCCGUGAAAAUCGCCCUAAAGGCACGACAUAUGCCUGUCCUGGCCAUGGGAAUUCGGAUGCACCAGCAUCAGUCGGCAAUGCCUCUGGUUAUAAGCGAUGAACUGUCACGCAAAGAGAAUGCCGACUGUGAGGAUUACUGGCAACAGGAUGUGCAGGAUGGCAGGGGAACACAUGAAUGGUCACUCAUGCAAGUACCACCGGAACUGUACGGAGGUGUGAAGACACCGGAUGAGUUGAAUAAACACUGCUAUCUCCCAAUAAAAGUGAAUACAGUGACGUUGGCCAAUUAUUAUCGCUACAAUGGUUACCUGAAUUAUCUGUGGUCUCACUACACUUACGGGAGUCAUGUGAAGACGGAGUCCAGCAAACUGUUGGCACUGCACACCCGGUAUCGUUGUUUGGCACACACACAUGCCCAACAUGGCACACCGGCACUGAAGAUUGGCAUUGCCAAACUGGUCACUAAGUACAGCCAGUUGAUGUGGCAGCAUUCGGCGGAGCAACCCUCUCAGAACCGUUCACUGGCUGUUGUGCUAUUUGAUGCUUCCAAAUACCGGGAUUUUCUGCACCAACUGGGCAUCGAUCACAGUCAUAGCCAUGGCCAUAAGAGAGACACAUCUGCAGUACAGGUUUUCAUUGUGGAUGCAGCGGCAGAGGCAAUCCACGUCAUGUCACAGCAACAGCCGUUCUCCUACCGCGGAUUAAAGGAAUUCAUCAAGCAGUUCUAUGCCCGCCAAUUGCCUCGAAUGCAAAAGAAUUCAAUGCUCUCCACAGCUCUUCUUCCUCAAGAUGCAUCCUAUGUACACAGCUACAAUCGUCAGUUGCUCCUACAGGCAUUGCAACGUUACAAUGCCACCAAUGUUGUGUUCAUGUAUCGACCGGAUUGUGCACUCUCCGCCGUAAUGUCACAGGCACUGAUGCAGGUGGCAGCUUUACUCCGAAGUUCCGAUCUGCAUUUUAUGCGCUUCGAUAGUCGGGCCAACGAUUUGCCCUGGGAGCUUUCAAUGCCGGCUACUCCAGCCCUACUCGUAUUUCCUCAAUCCCGGCCAACAGAGUCUGUGGUAUUUCCUAUUGAUGUUCGAGCGGACACUGCAAAUAUAAUGUCCUUUAUACUUGCCCAGUUGGAGCCGGAACAGCAGCUGCGCCUCGUUUUAUCCAGCUGUCGACGGCGGAUGCAACAUGCUCGCAGUUGCUUGGACUUUGCCGGAAAAUUGGUACUCCAACACGUCAGCCAAUAUUUGAAAUACUGGGAAGUCUUUGUAAAGGAGCGCGAUUCAAUAUUGUCGCAGCUCAAGCAAUUUAAUGAGAUGCACUUGGCCAUCGAAAGUAGCAUUAAAUUAUAGUUUUUUUGUAAAGCAAUCUUACUAAAAUAUUGACUAUUAGUUAGUUAGCUUGUAAAACAUGUUCGGUAAAUUUUUACCAAUAGCUCAUUUAACUGAUAUAAAAUUAUUUAAGCCAAAAUUAAUUUAUCUAAUUGUUGAUCGAUAAUAAGUGUAGAUUAAGCUAUUAGAAAAUUCUCAAAGUAACGUAAUUUCUGAUGGUUGUUUGA